AUGUUCCAUUUCCUGCCUAUGUGCACUGAUGUGGCGCUCACGUUCCCUUGCUGAACGACAUUCGCCGAGAGGACUUUGGCAGACCUUGGAAGAAAUACACACAAAACGCCGACCUUUCUAGCCACAGAGAGAGGAGGGAGGGGGUGGGAAAGAGGAAAAAAAACAAGAAGAUGGCGGCGAUGUGGCCUGUUCGGAUGUGGAGAUCGCCGACACUGUUAACGCGAAGUUCGGUGGCUUUGACUUUGAGCAGAGCAAAUAGCAAAGGAGAGGAACAGGACAAAGGAUGGUUUAGAUCAUUAUUUGUCCACAAAGUUAAUCAGAGAAAAGAUGCUCACUCCAAUCUUCUUUCCAAAAAGGAGACCAGCAGCUUGUAUAAAAUGCAGUUUCAUAAUGUGAAGCCAGACUGUCUGGACGCGUACAACAACUUAUCGGAACAAAUAUUGCAAAAACUCCACAAUGAUCCUGACUACCCAUGUGAGAUCGUAGGGAGUUGGAAUACCUUGUACGGUGAACAAGAUCAAGCAGUGCAUUUGUGGCGGUUUUCUGGUGGUUAUCCUGCUUUGACAGAUGCUAUGGAGAAGCUAUUACAGAAUAAGGAAUAUUUGGAAUAUCGAAAAGAGAGGAGCAAGAUGUUGUUGUCUCGUAAAAACCAGUUGCUCUUGGAAUUCAGUUUUUGGAAUGAACCAUUACCAAGACUGGGACCUAAUAUUUAUGAACUCAGGACAUAUUACUUAAAGCCAGGGACCAUGAUUGAAUGGGGUAACAACUGGGCGCGAGCAAUCCGAUUCCGGCAGGAAAACAAUGAAGCUGUCGGUGGAUUCUUUUCACUGGUUGGUGACCUGUACGUGGUGCAUCACCUUUGGGCUUACAAAGAC